AUUGCGAACAAUAGAUCGGAGUCAAAGUGUGCGGCUCCAAACGACAUUUUUUCAUUAGCCUAAAGAGGAUAGAGGGUGGAAGUAGUAGUGGCAGGACAAGGCUUGGACAGGAUCCCCACAGCGAAACAGUAAAAACUGAAUUCGAGUGAAACAAAGUGUGGAAUAAAGACAACGAAAAAAAUACAAUAACAAAAUAUUCCAAGUGCAGCCGUGGAGUACAAUACGUUUGUGCUUAACUGUGGAUAUUUGAAGAAAAAGAUACGAGGAAUAUCAUUGAAAAUUUCGAAGAAUGAGAGUGCUACUUUUCACUACACUUUUAGCCUUGGCGCAUAGCGCACGGCUUGACAACAAAUACCUCCCCCCACCAGCAAGUGCAGCUAGCGCUGGUGGCGGCCCUGGUUUGCAGGGUCCGGGUGGUAGCAAUUUUGGACUUGGGGGUAUUCCUCGCCCUGGUGGCCCUGGUGGCCCAGGCCGCCCCAUAGGUGGAGGCGGUGCACCAGGUGGUUAUGGCGGUGCACCGGGUGGUUUUGGUGGUGGCCCACGUCCUGGUCCAUCUGGGCCUGCGCAACCCUCUGGCCCACCAAUACCAAUAUUGUCGUAUGUGAAUGAAAACGAUGGCGAUGGCAACUAUCGUUUCAGUUACGAGACCGGUAAUGGUAUAAAGGCGGAAGAAGAAGGCACAAUCAAGAAUAAGGGCUCAGAAAAUGAAAUUGCUUCGGUUAUGGGUACAUACUCGUAUACAAAUCCGGAAGGGCAACUUGUUGAGAUUUCAUAUCUUGCUGAUGAAAAUGGCUUCCAGCCAUCUGGUGAUGCUUUACCUACACCACCCCCAAUCCCAGAAGAGAUUGCUAAGGCUUUAGCGGCACAAGGUAUUUCCCCUGCCCCUGGCGGUGGUUAUACGGGCGGUCCUGGCACUGGAUCAGGUGUAUUUGGCGGCGCAGGUGGUGGUACAGGCGCUGGUGGUUACGGUGGCACAGGACGUGGUGGAGCUGGCGGUGGAUAUGGCGGUGGCCCCGGUGCUGGCGGUGCCCCAGGUUUUGGUGGUGGAGCUGGUGGUCGCGGGCCAGGUGGUGCUCCGGGAUAUGGUGGAGGCCCAGGCGGAGGUGGAGCGCCAGGCUUUGGUGGUGGUGCUGGUGGAGGAGCACCCGGAUUUGGAGGAGGUGCAGGUGGACGUGGUCCUGGUGCAGGUGGCGCCCCAGGCUUUGGUGGAGGAGCUGGUGGUCCUGGUGCUGGUGGAUUCGGUGGCGGUGCAGGUGGACGUGGUACAGGAGGAAUCGGUGGUGGUGCUGGUGGACGUGGUGCCGGAGGAGCUGGAGGUUAUAAUUAUGGUGGUCCAGGUGGCGCUCCGGGUGCCGGUGGCGCACCAGGUUUUGGUGGAGGAGCUGGUGGAGGAGCACCCGGAUUUGGAGGAGGUGCAGGUGGACGUGCUCCUGGUGCAGGUGGCGCACCAGGCUUUGGUGGAGGAGCUGGUGGUCGUGGUCCUAGCGGUCCGGGAGCCGGUGGCUAUGGAGGCGGUCCUGGAGCAGGUGGUGCGCCUGGAUUUGGAGGCGGCGCAGGUGGUCGUGGCCCAGGAGGUGCUGGUGGUCCAGGUGGUUAUGGUGGUGGACCGGGUGGUGCAGGUGGUCGUGGCCCAGGAGGUGCUGGCGGUCCAGGUGGAUAUGGUGGUGGACCAGGUGGUGCAGGCGGUGCGCCCGGCUUUGGGGGUGGUGCUGGUGGUCGUGGCCCAGGAGGUGCUGGCGGUCCAGGUAGUUAUGGUGGUGGACCAGGUGGUGCAGGCGGUGCGCCCGGCUUUGGGGGUGGUGCUGGUGGUCCCGGUGGUCGAGGUGGUGGCGGUCCUGGCACUGGCGGUUUUGGUGGUGGUCGUGGUGGAGCUGGUGGGCCUGGCAAACAGUAUGUGCCGCCUGGUCCCGGUGGCGCACCCGGUGGUGGACCGGGUAGCCCUCCCGGUCGGCAUGGGAGUGGCGAAUUUAAUCCACAAACCGGAUACAAUUACUAAAAUGUCGGUGAUGAUGGUAAACUUUGAGACGAUCGCCCUCCACAAUACGCUAACGCUAUUCCAAAAUACGCUGCCCCAAAUAUACCUGAAUACU